AUGUUCGGCAUGACGCCUACUGAAGCCACUCGGAUGGCCGUUAUUAAAGUUGGUAUCAUAGGAUGUGGCAUGAUCACGCAAGUCGUUCAUGUGCCCUCUCUGAACUCCCUCUCCCAUCUAUUUCAGGUCACAUACCUUUGCGAUGUCUCCGAGGAAGCUAUGAAACAUAGCCAGCUCAAGAUUGCAGGUAGCUGCAGGCCCAAGACUACCCGAAGCGUCGCAGAACUAUGCAAUGCGCCGGAAGUAGAGCUAGUGUUGAUAGCAAGCAAUCAUGCUUUCCACGCAUCCGACGCAGUAGUCGCGCUGCAAGCCAACAAAUACGUCUUCAUCGAGAAGCCAAUUGCUUUAACUUUACAGGAUACGGACCGAAUCAUUGCUGCGAACGAAGCUGCAGGUGGGGCUAGAGUAUUCAUUGGUUACAUGAGGAGAUAUGCUGCAGCUUUCGUCGACGCAGUCAAAGAAGUUCGAAGCAUUGAACAAAUACGCUAUGUUCGCGUCCGAGAUAUCAUUGGGCCGAAUUCUGUCUUCGUGGCACAAUCCGGGACGUAUCCAAGGACAUUUAACGAUUAUCGCGAGGCGGAUUCAGAAGCGCUAUGUACAAAAUCACGUGAUGACAUUGAGCAAGCUCUCCAAGCCGAGCUUGGAAUUGCCGUCACGAAAGAGACAGGUACGAUGUGGGAGAUGCUCUCUAUCCUUGGCUCACAUGAUCUGAGUGCUAUGCGGGAGAUCAUGGGUAUGCCCAAGGGUGUCAUAGGAUUCUCACCUUGUGCCACUGCUAACGAUGCCAUUGCAAUUUUCCAAUACCCCAACUUCGCGGUCGCAUACGAGUCGGGCGUCGACCAAGUCGCAAGAUUCGACGCCUCGAUAGAGAUUUUUGGUGACACCAAGACUGUUAAGGUGUGCAUCGAUUCUCCGUUCAUCAAAGGCUUGCCCACAACGAUGGUAGUUAAGGAGACUUUACCGGACGGGUCGUAUAAGGAAUCCACCACGCGACGGACAUACGAAGAUCCUUUCAUGCUCGAGCUAAAGGAAGUGUACCAAUGGGUCGCGGAGGGGAAGAUUCUAAAGACCACUCCGUCUGAUGCUAGACAGGACCUCGAGAUCUUGGGGAUGCUGAUGAAAGCUGUGACGGCAUGGAAGGUUUAG